GCCAUUCUUACUAUGACUAGAAAUGGACAAACUCUGGCCCUGUCUGCGCAUACUCCAGAUCACGAAGGGGCUCGGGUGAUUGACAGCAGACGCUGACCAAUAGGAAGAGGGAGCGCCGGUUGAAGUUCCCCGGGUGCUCCAACCAAUCGAACGGAGCGUUCGGCCUCUGUGGCCGCGACUUCUUUCCACGCAUGCGCAGAUUUAUCGUGCCCGCCCAGCGAUCCGAAGAGCGGCUGCUGAAGGAGAAAGGAGACGGUGGAAGGCGAGAUAACGGCGAGUUCAGGAGAGAGUGGAGCUGGAGCGCAGUCUGGCAGGUUUCGUAAACGUUUGAUGCAGGUCUCUAGAUGCGAAUUAGAAGCUCACUGUCCCGUAUUCGGUCCCCGUGCGGUGAAUCGGCUGCGAGUUUUCAGCGGGGCUAGGCCUGGAUUGAGCGCCGUCAUCUUUAUUCGGGGCGCCGUUCAAGCACACGUCCGUGAGGUAGCCAUCUUUAUAGGGGGCAAAGGGCUGGUUCACUUGCGUGGAUUUACAUGCAGCAAAGACAAACGUGAGCAAAUGUUCAAGGAGGAGUGUUUUUGGACCAAUUUGCAGCUGUUUGCGAACAAGUGAGGAAAAAUACUGCCUCUAGACUGAAAUAUUUAAGCAUUAUUAUCCUGGACGACGAUUUUUGGAAAUCCUUCCUAUUGGGUAUUGAAAAUAAAUAAUUUAUACACAGAAAAUUCAAAUUGAAAUUCUCGUCACCAUCAUCUGACAGAGUCUCUUGAUUCAUCUGAAUAAUCUUGAACUUUGUGGAAGCGGAAAUAAUUACCUGGACCCUCUUAGAGAAAAGAUCUUAGACAAUAGCAUAGCUGGGAAAUCACCACGACACUCACACCCAAAGGAGGGUGUUCUGGUGCACUGACUGUGAGCAGAACUUUAAUGUUGCGUGGCCUAAGAAAAUCAUCACAGCAUUUACACUGUGGUAAAACUGCAGUGUAGAUAAGUCUUCAGUUCGAUUAUCUAACAUGGACCGACAAAAGGACGUAAGCGCUAUAGAGAAACCAUGGAAAUGUGGGGACUGUGGGAAGGGAUUCAGUUACCCAUCCAAGCUGGAAGCCCACCGACGUAGUCACACUGGAGAGAGACCAUUCACCUGCUCUGACUGUGGGAAGGGGUUCACUCAGCUAUCCACUCUGCUGUCACAUCAGCGAGUUCAUACUGGGGAUAAACCGUUCACCUGCUCUGUGUGUGGCAAGGGAUUCGCCAAGUCAUCCACCCUCACUGAGCACCAGCGGGUUCACACCGGAGAGAGGCCGUUCAUUUGCUCUCACUGUGGGAAGAGAUUCGGACGAUCAUCCAACCUCACUGAGCAUCUCCGUAUUCAUACAGGGGACAGGCCGUUCACCUGUCCUGUGUGUGGGAAGGGAUUCACUUGUUUAACUAAUCUGACAUCACAUCAGCUUAUUCACACCGAUAAGAGACCCUUUCAAUGUUCUGACUGUGACUCCAGCUUUAAAAGCACAAGGGACCUGCUGACACACCAACGUAGUCACACUGGGGAGAAGCCCUUCAUCUGCUCAGACUGUGGGAAGGGAUUCACUCACACGUCCAACCUGCUGGCACACCAGCGACGCCACACCGGAGAGAGGCCCUUCAGCUGCUCCAAGUGUGGGAAGCGGUUUCGCCGUUCAUCCGACGUUCUGAGUCACCAGCGAGCUCACAUGGGCAGGAUGCCCUGGAAAUGUGGGGACUGUGGGAAGGGCUUCUGUUCUCCAUCUGCAGUUGAGAUUCAUCAGCGCAGUCACACGGGGGAGAGGCCAUUCACCUGCUCGGUGUGCGAGAAAGGAUUCAGCGCUCUCUCCAAUCUGCUGAGACACCGGCAAGUCCAUGCUGUGGAGAGGCCAUUCACCUGCUCCGAGUGUGGGAAGGGAUUCACCGAUAUAUCCACCCUGCUGACGCACCAGCGAGUUCACACCCAGGACAGGCCAUUCCCUUGCUCUGACUGUGGGAAGGGAUUCGCCGAUUCAACCAGCCUGCUGAGACACAAGCGGGUUCACACCGGGGAGCGGCCGUUCACUUGCUGUGAGUGCGGGAAAGGAUUUACUCAGUCGUCCACCCUGCUCACUCAUCAGCGGAUUCACACCGGGGAGAGGCCGUUCGUUUGUUCUAAGUGCGGGAAGCGAUUCACUCGGUUGUUCAACCUGCAAACACACCAGCGAGUUCACACGGGGGAGAGGCCGUUCACCUGCUCCGAGUGUGGGAAGGAGUUCACUCAGUCAUCCAACCUGCUGCUACACCAACGGAUUCACACUGGGGCGAGGCCGUUCAGCUGCUUGCAGUGUGGGAAGGAAUUCACUCGAUUGUCCAGCCUACAGAGACACCAGGGAGUUCACAAAUGAUAGCAGGAGUGCGUUAUGCUGUUAUUGCCGCUGCUAAUCACAUCCAGGGCUGAACCACGCUCAUUCUGACAGUGGGUGCCCUGGGAGGGUUUCGCUCUGGCCGCGCUCUCCUCUUUGCUGCUAGUGGCUUGAUGUCUCAAAGUUCAUCUGAUUCACUGAAUGAAACGAAGGUUAGGAAGAUAAAAGUUUGCAUUUCACUUUCUCCAAUAGUUGGCAUGGAGCUGGCCGCAUCGUUUUGUUUAAACCGUGUCGAUACUUCUCACAGGAAGUACUUGUAGAUUUGUAAAGUUUGCACCUUGUUUGUCGUCGCCAAGGGGAAAGGAAAACAGAAGGCUUGCUGAGCUUGGAACUGGAGGAGGAACUCUCCAGCGGCCGUCUCAAUGAAAGGCAGAGAGUCUUGUGGCAGAAAGCUGUCACACGUGGGACAGAUGAAUGAGGUAUAGGAGGGCCAAUCCAACACUUUGAGACUGCGUCACCAUGUGAGAAGAUCGUGAUUGAUCUGUUUGACAGGAACAUGGAAUGGAGAUUACAAAAAGCUGGUGCAGAAGAUAGAACUGGCUCAAUAGAAUUGUUAUAUUUUCACUGUCAUAGAGUGGGAUAUUGAAAGGCAAACUUUGGAGAUCAAGAAAGAGAAGGAUUUGAAUAAAAACGAGGGGCAUAAUUUUUACACAGGGUGGUUUGUGCUUGGAAUGGAGCUCCGGAGGAAGUGGUGGAUGUCGGAACUAUUACACUGAAAAGACACUUAGAUAAGUACAUGAAUAGGAAAGGUUUGGAGGGAUAUGGGCCAGGAGCAGUCAGGGUUGACUAGUUUAGUGUGGCUUUAUGUUCAGCAUGGACUGGUUGGACCAAAGAGUCUGUUUCUGGGUUGCAUGACUACAAGUCAAUCCGAAACAUGAGCGGAAAUUGCUGGGGAAGCUCAGCAAGUCUGGCAGCAUUUGUGGAGAGAAAUCAGUUAGUGUUUCAGGUCGAAUGCCCGUUCCUUAGAACUUGCUGAGCUUUUCCAGCAUUCCUGAUUUUGUUUUCUGAUUACAACAUCCUUUCGGUUUUUUAUUGUAUAAGUAAAUCGGUGUUGGUAAAAAUGUCUUGUGUUUCUCCAGAGAAUGUCCUGCCAGACAGGGAAACUUGUGAGAAAUUCUAAUACAUUCAAAUGCAUUUACCAUGAAAAAUAGAUGUGAGGGAUUCUGAGGAAUUCAUAUUUUCAGGGAAGUCACUCCAUGCAAGAAAGGCAAGAAAGAUUUGUAUUUCAGCUCAGCUGCAACCUUUUUGGAAAAGCUUUGAACCUCUCUCCAGAAAAAAAGUCUGUGUCAAAGUUGCUAGUUGGACCAUAGCUGGAAUACUGUGAACAGUUUUGGACCUCUUAUCUUUGGAGAGAUAUACUGGCAUUGGAGGCAGCUUCCAAAGAACAAUGAACAAUAUGGCAUGGAAACAGGCCGGUUGGCCCACUCGGCCUGUGUCGACACAUUUUGCCCAUCCAUACGAAAACUGUCUUCACUUUCAAGAUCCAUAUCCCUUUAUUCCCUUCCUAUUCACGUGUUCGUCCAGGUGCUCCUUGAAUGCGGCUUUUUUGCCUGCUUCCACCAUUUACUCUGGCAGCGUAUUCCAGGCACUGACCACCCUCUGUGUUAAAAAUGUGCCUUGCAGAUCUCUUUUACAGUCCCCCCGCCUCGCACCUUGAACCCCUGUGUCGCCUGCUAAUUGACCCCUCCACCGUGAGAGAAAGCCUCAGACUUUCCACUCUAUCCAUACCGCUCGCAAUCUUAUAAACUCCUAUCAGGUCACCCCUUCCACCUCCCUGUGGUACAGUGAAAACAAACCCAGCCUAUCCAACGUUUCUUCAUAGCUGAACUCCCGUACAGCAGGCAACAUCCUGGUAAACCAUUUCUGUAUCCUUUCCAAAGCGUCCGCAUCCUUCUGGUAGUGUGACCAGAAUGUACGCAAUAUUCCAAGUGUGGCCUAAAGUUCGAUAAAGCUGCAGCAUCCUCAUACUGAAUGUUGCUUCCAAUGAAGGCAUGCAUGCCAUAGGCUUUUUGGUGACUACCGGACCUACCUGCAUUGCCACUGUCAAUGAUGUGUGGACCUGCACAUCCAGAUCACACCGCACAUCAAUGCUCCCAGGGGUUCUGCUGCUCCCUGUCUAAUUUCAACAUCAUAGAAUCCUUACAGUGUGGAAACAGACCCUCCAGCCCAACAAGUCCACACUGACCCUCAGAGCAUCCCACCCAGAACCACCUCCCCCCCAAUCUAGUCAUUCCCGAACACUACGGGUAAUUUAGCCUGAGAGAUAAUGGGAACUGCAGAUGCUGGAGAAUCCAAGACAACAAAAUGUGAGGCUGG